AUGAAGACAUUGCCUGCCAUGCUUGGAACUAGGAAAUUGUUUUGGGCCCUCUUCCUAAUCCUACAUCUGGGACUCUGGAGCAUCUGUGGGGAGGAGUCCCGCGACCUACAACUUCAUAUUAGGAGAUACUCAGAACACACGGUUUCAGCAAAAACUUCCUUUAAAGUGGAGUGCCCUGGGAAGUAUCGUGCUCAUAGGCCUAACGUGACUUGGUGCAAAAUCAAUGGGACUGGCUGUUCACCUUUUGAGGACAGACUUCGGCUACGCACGAGUUGGGAAGAAGGGCUCAAUAAGUCGACUUUUCUGCUACAUUUUGAGCCAGUGCUUCCAGGAGACGAUGGCUGCUACCGCUGUUCUGUGAAUGCCCCUGCUCCCAUUCAUUGCCACUCAACAGUCACCCACCUGACAGGAAUUCCUGAUGCAACCAGUGCUCCAGGACCACCCUUCAAAGAAGAGCUUGCGGAUGGGCUAUGGCUCCUCUACAGUUUACUUUCUUUGGGGGGAUUUCCUCUGCUUGUCAUUGUCUGUUUUUGCCUGUUCUGCUUCCUGAAAAGGCACCAAGUAAAAUGUACUUUUUUCUUACAGAUUGAUGUUAUCCAGCCUGUGAGGAGUGAGCAAACUGAAGUGAGCACUAGGCCAAAUUCCCAAACACCACAAUCAGAAGCUAAAAUUUAUGACAACGACCCCUGGUUCAGGACACAGGAAGGGCCCGAAGUUUAUUCUAACCCACACUUGCAGGAAAUCAGACAAGCCAUUGUUUAUGCUCCAUUGCAUUAUCAGAAUGAAUCCAAGACAGGUAAGAAAUGAGAACGGAGCACCGACAGAAUAUGCUUCUCUCUGUGUGAGGAGCUAAGCUUGACGGGA